CCCGAAACCAUGAUACAUUGAUAAUGACCUUCGACGACAACUUUUUAACUACACCACCCUUUUCUUCUUCCUCACCUUCUGCCACUCUCUCUCUCUCUCUCUGAAAUUGAUCUGCGAGACUGCGAAUGGAGCUCUUCUACUUCUUGGUGUUCGGUGCUCUAACGGCAGUAGUGGCAGCGUUGGAGCUGAGCAAAACUGGCAAAGAUCGCAUGAACACUUCCUCUGCGUUCAAUGCAUUCAAAAACAAUUACAUCCUCGUUUACUCUCUCAUGAUGGCUGGGGAUUGGUUGCAGGGUCCAUAUGUUUACUACCUUUACAGUCAGUAUGGGUUUGGAAAGGGAGACAUUGGGCAACUCUUCAUUGCUGGGUUUGGAUCCUCUAUGUUGUUUGGGACAAUUGUUGGAUCUUUAGCUGAUAAACAGGGUAGGAAGAGGGCAUGUGUUACUUACUGCAUAGCUUAUAUUCUAAGCUGCAUCACUAAACAUUCUCCUGAGUACAAAGUUUUAAUGUUGGGACGCAUAUUGGGCGGCAUCGCCACUUCUCUUCUAUUUUCAGCUUUUGAAUCUUGGCUUGUUGCAGAACACAAUAAGAGGGGUUUUGAGCAACAAUGGCUUUCAAUUACAUUUUCUAAGGCAAUAUUUCUUGGCAAUGGUCUGGUCGCCAUUGUAUCUGGGUUGUUUGGAAAUCUUUUAGUGGAUACAUUGGGAUUUGGCCCUGUUUCUCCAUUUGACGCCGCUGCAUGCUUUCUGGCGAUUGGCAUGGCAAUUAUAAUGUCAUCAUGGAGUGAAAACUAUGGAGACCCUUCAGAAAACAAGGACUUGCUUGCCCAGUUCAAGGCUGCUGCUGUGGCCAUUGCUUCUGAUGAGAAAAUCGCAUUACUGGGUGCUAUACAAUCCCUGUUUGAAGGCUCAAUGUACACCUUUGUGUUCCUUUGGACUCCGGCUCUGAGCCCAAAUGAAGAGGAGAUUCCACACGGUUUCAUUUUUGCAACAUUCAUGUUGGCUUCAAUGUUGGGAAGCUCCAUUGCAUCUCGACUGUUGGCUCGUUCAUCUCCCAAAGUUGAGAGCUACAUGCAGAUUGUUUUUGUAAUCUCAUCAGCAUCCCUUCUGCUUCCCAUUUUAACCAAUUUCUUGACAGCACCUUCCAAAGUGAAACGUGGAAGUAUCUCGUUUUCUGGAUGUAUUCUGGUUGCUGGCUUCUGUGCAUUUGAGGCCUGUGUGGGGAUAUUCUGGCCAUCAAUGAUGAAGAUGAGGUCCCAAUACAUUCCUGAGGAGGCAAGAAGCACCAUAAUGAACUUCUUUCGCAUUCCUCUGAACAUCUUUGUGUGUGUUGUGCUGUACAAUGUCGAUGCAUUUCCCAUGACGGUCAUGUUCGGCAUGUGCUCAAUUUUUCUCUUUGUGGCUGCUGUACUGCAGUGGCGGCUCAUGAUGAUUGCAGAAAGCCAAAAGCCAAAACCACAAGACUGGACGGCACUGGAGAGGUCCACAGAGGCAGAGCCAUUACAUAUCUGAUUUAUUUGAAGAAUAAACUCUGGAAGUUUUGAAGAUUAAAGCCAGCUACAUUGUCUUAUUUGGAAUUGGUGGAUGUGCAUUCCGAUUGAUGUUUGCUAUCCAAUAAAUAAGGAAAUGGAGAAUGUGGAUUGAGUCUUGAUAAGAAUGCAUAAAGAUUUUUGACAUAAAGAAAUGAAAAGGUAAAAGAAUGGUAUAGUCAGUACUCUUAGAUCAUUACUUCUGCAGUUAGUGUAUAUUGGUGCUGCAUAAUCUCGGGUGUUUCAGGAUUCAAGGCAUUUGCCCUAGUAUAUAUAGUGAUGAUUUCUCGGUCA